ACUUCAAAGCUCUCUGUUCUGCGACCAUAAUGGCAAAGGGCUGGGCAUGGUGGGGGCGACUAAUUGUAAUAGGGGUGACCCUGCUAAUCGUAUUUGUCCUUGUAACAACUCAGGUGUUUAUAUUUUGGCCUUGGCUAUCGUUUCACCCCGAACGGAACCUCUAUCUCUGGCUAGGGCCAUUUAAUGUUGGUGUCCUAUCGAUCUUCGUCAAUUACUAUCUAGGCGUAGUCACAGACCCAGGUCGUGUACCAGCAAGUUACGACCCGCUCAAAGAGCACGACCGGGGGGAGAAGGAGGAAAGUGGAAAAGCAAGGAGACGAGGAAGACGACCAAAAAAUUCUAUCCCGGAUAGGGCCGUGAAGGCUAAACCGGCAAAGCCGAGAUGGUGUAAGACAUGUAUGGUGUAUAAACCACCACGGAGCCAUCAUUGCAGUGUAUGUAAUCGUUGUGUAUUGAAGAUGGAUCAUCACUGCCCAUGGUUAAACAAUUGCAUUGGCCACGCGAAUCAAGCACAUUUCCUUCGCUUUGUGCUUUCCGUAACAUUUUCUGCUCUUUCGUGCCUCAGUCUCAUGGCACUUCGUAUUUGGGACUUGAUUCAUUAUCAAAACCAAAUGGAAACGGCGUACAGCACAUUUCAUGACAAUCGUCCCAGUGCGUAUUUUUACACUCCGCCACCGGAAGGUCCCGAAAUUGUGUUUCUGAUCAUCAACCUGUUGAUUCUCUUCCUUCUUCUGCUAACUGUCGGCCUACUGAGUCUGUGGCAACUCUAUUAUGCAUGGCAGAAUGUCACAACAAUUGAGAGUUUCGAAAACGCCAAAAUUGAAGAACUAGUCCGCCGGGGCAAAAUUGCCAGCGAAGAUGUAUCCGCCUAUCCAUACGACUUGGGGGGAUAUCGCAAUCUUCAGUCAGUACUGGGCAAACGGUGGUGGCUAUGGUGGGUACCGCAGCGGACACCAGGGGACGGAAUUCAUCACGAAGUGAACAGCACCGCACUACGGCGUGUUGCUGAGGGACAUCCCAUACAGUGGCCUCCAAGAGCGUAUUUCGCUUACAAGAAAUAUCCACACGGGAAACCUCGAAAGGGUUCUCAGGAGGAUAGAAUCGAAAACAGUGUAUUUGGAAGCAGCCCGCGAGUUAGGCGGGGAAGUGAAGGGUACGUGGUUCGUGAAUGGACACCUGAGGAACGGAAGAGAAUGGUUGAAAUCGCAAUGCAUCGUGCCACCGUGGACGAGAAUAAAUUGAAGCCGCUUGUUGAUCUUGGAAAUACUCCUUUACCGCCUGUUGUAUCCAAAGACGCCGACUCGGCAUCAGAGUCAAGCGAUUGGACGGCAAGUAGUUAUGAUGAAUCUAGUGAAGAGGAGGACCAAGCAUCUACGGAAGAUAGCGACGAUGAGGUUCUCGGGCUGCGGCAGCGGAAAUAUCAGGAUCGGGAGGGAAAAGUCAUCGUCGAACCGUUAGACUAUGUGGAUGAUGGGGCGGUUGAGGUUGGGUGUACAGGAAGUGUGCAGAAACGUUAAGUAUCGAAGGAAACGUAGGAAAAGACUUUGAGGGUUAUCUAGUCAUGUAGAAGGGUUGAAGAGAGUUCCAUAGAGGUUGCAUCGACACGUUCUCAAAUAUGAACAUGCUGAGUAUCACGUAAAUAGGACUUCCACCAGUUUCACACAGUACUGUCAGUUCCAAAUGAUACCAAUGUCCUGGUCAGUUGAGUGAUGUACUUCG